CCGUAGCCGCCCCUCGGCCGGUCGGCCCGCCGCUGCCCGCAGGACCCCGUGGCGGGGGCGGCCGCCGAGAACACCUCCCGCCGGCGCCGCCCCCUUAGCUGCCCGAAGCCCGCCUGCGCCGCCACGCGCGGCCGGAGUUCACCUGGGGCGGGGCGCAGGCCGCUCCCUGCGUCGAGCCCCGCGCGCGUGUCCCGCUCGCGCUUCCCGCGGCGGCGGAAGUUUCGGAAGUCGCGUUUAACUCGGGACCUCGGCGGAGAGGACCCCCUGGGUUUUUUCGUUCCAAGAUGGCAGCCUCCAGCCGUGCACAGGUGUUGGAUCUGUACCGGGCGAUGCUGAGGGAGAGCAAGCACUUCUCCGCCUACAACUACAGAACUUACGCCAUCAGGAGGAUAAGAGAUGCCUUCAGAGAAAAUAAGAAUGUAAAGGAUCCUGUGCAAAUUCAAGCCCUAAUGAAUAAAGCCAAAAGAGACCUUGGAAUAAUCCGUCGACAGGUACACAUUGGCCAAAUGUAUUCGACUGACAAGCUCAUCAUUGAGAAUCAAGAGAAGCCCAGGACCUAGGGACCAGCCACCACCGGCAGCCGUGGACCGCUUUCAGCAUCCGUCCUGCUCGGCAGGGGCACUCCCAGCCGACCACAGGUGGCCUCUCGCAUCAGCUUUAAACAGCUUCUCACUCUGCCUGCCCUAUAGGAACCGAUGAACUGAGCGACGUUCCCGUUCUCCUGCAGCCUUAGUGACAAAGGGUGGCUGU